AUGCCAACCACGCCCGCUCCGGGCCCGGAAGGCGGAUCAGAGGCCCCGAACGUCCCAAAGCCGACGCUCGGCCAGCUGGUCGCGUCCUACGCCAUUCUUCCCACCCUCGCAACCUGGCUUUCGACCGUCGACCUCUUCCACCUGGCCUUGGCCAACCGCGCCUUCCACUCGCACAUCCUCGGCUCCCCAAACGUCUUCGCCGUCCUCCGGCGCCGGUGUCUCUGUGACGGCCGCGGUCUGGCUCUCCGCCAGGCUUACAAGCCACCGUACCGCAAGUUGAAGCCGACGGGCGGGCCCAGCAACAACCAGAGCUGGUACCCCGAUGAAGAAAUCGAGGUCCGCGUGUUCAACGCCAAGUGCGACGAGGCCGGCGCCCUGCCCUGCCUCCGGUGCGGCAUCAACGUCUGCGAGGAGUGCCGUUACUACCUGCGCGCCUCGCCCGUCGAGUCGGACCGGCGCCCGCACCUUCGACAUUGGGCCAGCCACGUCUUCCAAGACAUCUUGUGCUUGUGCGACGGGUGCGAUGCGAGGAUGGAGGCCGAGGUCGCGGGGCAGUUUCUGAACGAGCUCUGCGACUGCGACAGCUACAGGCGCUGGAUCUGCACCCGCUGUCGGCGCCGGGAAGACGUGGACUAUUACGAGUAUCAAGAGGAGCGCAUGCUGAUGGAAUGGGACCUGGAUAACACGUGGGAUUCGGAGGUUCCAUAUCCCCCUUCCAAGAUGAUGAAGGAUCACGCCUUCGAUUGUGUGAUCUGGUGUAAAUGCGGCGCCGUGGUGCCCGAGCACCAACGACCCAGGUGCAUCUGGUGCAAAAGACGACAUCUGCCAGAAGACCAGUGGACUCGGGAAUACGAGGAAGUGGGGAUGUGGCUUCCGUUUUUUGAAGAAGACCCAAACUAUCCCAACUGGGUCACGGGAACGAAUGAAUAUCCAAGUCCCUAUCCGAGGCUCGGGUACUCCCGUCCUGGAGACGAUGUGGACUCCAGCUAG